GGGCGGCCGAGCGGUCCCUCAGACGCCACCAUGCAGAUCUUCGUAAAGACCCUAACGGGCAAGACCAUCACCCUCGAGGUGGAGCCCAGCGACACCAUCGAAAACGUCAAGGCCAAGAUCCAGAACAAGGAGGGUAUCCCCCCGGACCAGCAGCGUCUCAUCUUUGCCGGCAAGCAGCUGGAGGAUGGUCGCACUCUGUCCGACUACAACAUCCAGAAAGAGUCCACGCUGCACCUGGUGCUCCGCCUGCGGGGUGGCAUCAUAGAGCCUUCCCAGCGCCAUCUGGCCCAGAAGUACAACUGUGACAAGAUGAUCUGCCGCAAGUGCUACGCCCGCCUGCACCCCCGCGCGGUCAACUGCCGCAAGAAGUGCGGCCACACCAACAACCUGCGCCCCAAGAAGAAGGUCAAAUAAGGCCCACCUCCCGGGGUGCCCGCCUGCACCGGCGGCCUCAAUAAAGUUUCCUUUGGUUGACUUGA